CUGAAGAAACAGGCGGGUCGGCGGGAACGGCAGCGGCGGAUUGGGUUUUACCCAGACCUUCUUCCUCCUUCUGCUUCCUUCUUCCUCGCCAACAGGAGCGGGUCGGCGAAUUGGGGGAAUCGCAACAGCAAAUAGAAUGACGGUUGGGGAAUGGAGCUGCGGCGGGUUUGGAGAACGGCAGCGACGGUGGUUGGAAAUCGGCAGUUGGCGGGACGACACAGGUGGUAGGGAUUAGGGAAAUUAGAGUUAAGGGUAUAAACGUUAAUUUGUCAUGGUUUAGGGCGACUUUUAAAAAAAUUUAGGGCGACAAAUAGCAAUUCAGAAUAUUUCAUGUUUGUUAUUAAAAUGAUUAUAUUCCAAAAAAAAAUUCCACUGGAAUUAGUUCAGUAGUCUCAGUUUGGUCACUGGGUUUUAGUCUCCAUUAACGAAAUCCAUUUAUUGCUGAAGCGGCUUACAAAAUCACCUAAUUAGGAUAACAUAACCCGAAAAGUGGAAAUUCGACCCGCCACAUCAUUAAAAUAAUAUAAAGAUCAACCAAUUCACGUCAGUAAAACUUGACAAAAAAAAGUGAAAAUCUAUUUCCCAACGGUAACUAAUAAAAAGGUAUGAAAAAAUUAAAAAGUAAUAAAAUGAUAACUUUUAUUUUUUUUUUAAUUCAUCCCCACACCAACCAAUUGUGCGACCCUCUUUUCUCCUCAACCCUUGGCAAUUCUUCUUUUUCGUCGCAGUCUCAUCUCCAAAUCUCUGGUCGGGUAAUCCAGGACCCAGGCCGAGUAAUCUGCCUAGUUCCGCUAACUCUUGUCUGUUGUCUCCAGCUUAUCAGGAAAUCCGCUCCUAGGCCUCUUUUUAUGUUUUAGGACCCGAAAUACCAUACAUAGACACAACCUAGUGUAAAAUCGUCUUAAUUGAAAAUAAUCUGAUCUCAAAUGCCUACGAAAUGAGGUACUAAAUAUUUGUAAAUCCAACGUUAUCACCCUUGUAAAACUCAACCGCCACAUCACGCAUCUUCACUACAUUAGUUUCGCUUUUUCCAUCUUUAGUAAGCAAUCUUGUGAUACUUGCUGAUGAUUCCUAGGUCUCAUUGAAGCAUGAAAGCGCUUUGUAUUUGCAUCUCCUUCCUUAACCCAUUGAACCCUUGAUUUUGUAUGAUAAAAACUCUCCUCAACAAGCUGCAAUUGCUUACAUAAUUCUUCUAAUUCAAUUCAAGCUCUUGCUGAAUCAAUUCUUCUCUUGGAUCCACUAAUACUGCCGAUUGAAAUUCCUCUAAAUUAUAAAUUUGUAAACAAUGGAGUGUGUAAAGGAGAAAAUGUAAUAGAAUGUCCCGAAAUUGGUGUCUUCUGCUGCUGAACAAAAAGACACUCCUUCUAUUACUUCAGUCAAUGUCAGUAGGCCAACUUAAAUGGUUUUGUCCAAACCCAUAGGGCCAUAGGCCUACCACUUCUAUCCGGCCCAUUGAAGUUUGAAGUUACCAAAAUUAGGGCCUCAAAUUGCCAGCAGCAUGGUUGUCACGCCGGCCGACGUGCCACUGGUUGAACAUGGUUCAACUUAUACCGGUCAUAAAACUGGCAUAAUACCACUGGUAUGACCGGCAUGAUCGAUAUACGAAUCUCCAAGUAAAAUGAUCUAAUUUUAGUGAAAUAUAUUGAUAAAAGGUAAUUUAUUAUUUGUUUUAUGCGUUAAAAAGUUAAAUGUUGAUGUUAUUUGUUGGAUUCAAGUACAAAUAUUUAGGUAUUUACAUUAAAUGUUGUGUUUAAAUAUGAGUAUUUGUAAAUUAUUUGUAAUAUUAACCAGUAUGUACCACCGGUCGAACCAUUCCACUUGCUAAACCGGCACACUGGCAUAAACCGGUUUGACAACCUUGGCCAGCAGCGAAAUGGAGGAACACUUGGCUAAGGCAUGAGCUAAGCUUUGAUGUCUAGUUCCAUCUGGUCGUGUUGGCUUGAUGUGAUAGUCAAAUUUGGCUAAGUAAAGAGACGACAUGUGUUGGAAUUAUAUGCGGUGUCAACUACUUAGUCCAUAAUUCUUAUGGAGUAAGUAGUUGGGGGGACAUUUAUUUAUACCUAAAAUUAGCUUUGUACCACAUUGAUUGUUUACAAGACACUAAUGAUCUUUUUAAGGCCAAAUCAAUAAUAAUAAUUAAUGUUAUUUUAGCUGGGCCUUAUGGUACUAGAUUUUUAAGCCCAAAUCACUAAGUCUUCGAGAAGGAAGUAAUAUCGUCGCGAUUCUACUAGAUCAUGAUCGUUGCGAGUUGUGUUGUCCAAGGUGGUCGCGAGAUCUAGACCACGUUGGCGUCAAGUCUAGUAGACCAAGGUGGUCGCGAGAUCUAGACCUCGUUGGCGUCAAGUCUAGUAGACCAAGGUAAUUGCAAAAUCUAGACCACGUUGGCAUUAAGUCCAAUAGACCAAGGUGGUCGCGAGAUCUAGACCACGUUGGCGUCAAGUCUAGUAGACCAAGGUAGUCGCGAGAUCUAGACACCAUGCUAGCCGUCAGAUGUAGAAGGCCCUCGUCUUGAGAUCAGGAAUGGCCAUGGUAAAAGAGGGGAAAGUAACAAGUCAUCAGUUCCAAAAGAGAAAGCAGGCGGUUAACAGGGCAACUGUCGAUUAUCCCAAGUUCAAGGACACGUCAGCCACAUCCGAGGAAGAAUGGGAGCAGUUAUUUUGUGGAAGUUACUCUCAAACGGUUUCUCUACGACGGUUACCACUUCAAAGCUAUAAAUAGUAGGAGGAGUUGAUAGAGAAGAGGGUCGCCAAAUUCACAACAGACAACACAAUGUCAACUUUUAUCCUUUUUUUCCCACUAUAAUUUUAGCCAUAGUCGUAGAUUUAGAGCUCUCACUGAACCUCCAUAAGAGUAGGAGUAACUUAACAUAAAUUUGUUUUGUGAGUCGUGUAAACAUUGACACCAUCGUUCGAACUUUGUUUGAAAGAGGUGUGAACCGUGUUAAGUUGAUCGUUGUUCAAAGAAGUCAAGGUGCAAUCAAUUCAAUUCAACAAGAUCAUACACAAGAUCACAAGAUCACCACCAUUCAUAAACAUCAAGGACACAAAGACUACUAGGGAUUGAGGUUCAGUUGGUUGACUGCAAAUGGGAGAUGGAUAGAGGGAUGACUUUUGGGUUCUCAUUCUUUGGGACAUUUGAGACUUUGGUUUGCGAUAGGUGAGGUUUGGAAUGCUCUUGUGACUUUCGUUGGUCUUGAAUCUCGAGAUUUUUCCAUUAGUCGUAACCUAAAAUGAUAAGAUUAUAGUAGGUUGUUAUUUAUUUGUUUAGCGAUCAACCACUAAUUGAUAAGUUAAUUUAUGAUUAACUACUAAGUGAAAUCAAUUCACUUAUAAAAUAUUGAUUAAUCACUAAUCAUUAUGGAUAAUCAUUUUAAAGACUAACAAGUCCUGACCGGAUAGGUUGCUAACACCCUUUAGUGUUAGCACCAUGCUAGCAUAAUUCAUUUAGGGAAUUAUAGUGACUAGCCACUCAUAGCAACUUCCUUCCCCCUUUAAUAUAAGUCCUAAAAAUCUUGAUAAAAAAAUAAAUUUUAGUACCUAAAAUUUUUGUGUCUUACAUUGAUACAUAAACAUUUUAAAAUUUACAAAUAGGUAUAAAUUUAUGAGUUUUCUGGUAUACUUUAAGAAACUUGUGUUCCACUUUAAUAAACUUAUUGUUUGCUUUAUGAGGUUUUGGUCUGUUUCAUGAAACUGGUGGUUUGCUUUACUAAAUUUGUUGUGUGCUUAAUGAGGUUUCUGGUAUGUUUAAGGGAACAUGUGGUCUGCUUUAAGAAACUUGUGGUCCACUAUCAUAAACUUGUGGUCCGUUUUUAAAAACUUUUCGUCUGCUUCAGAGAACUUGUGCUUUGCUUUGAGUUUUCUCGUAUAUGCUUUAUGAAUUAUGUGGCGUGGUGAGGUUUUGGUUUGCUUUACAACCAUUCUGAUAUGCUUUAUGAUAUUUGUGAUGUGAUGUGAUAUGUUGUGUUUAUGUUCUAUGAUUUGUGCUCUGCUUCCUAACAUUUGUAGUGAGGCGCAGGACGGCGAAAUUAAUGCACAGUGCCGCACGCGUGUGUCCCCUAUGUUUAUUAAUUGCAAGCGUGGCUUCUCUCUAUAAAUCCGUCUCAAGCUACAGUGUGAAGUCUGCCUACCGGUUGUUUCGGGAGGUGAGAGAUUCUUCCCCUUCGACAGAUGAGGUCCCCUCUUCAAGACCGAACAAGGACGACUGGAAAUGGCUUUGGGAUCUCAACUUGCCCCCUAAACUUCGGUUUUUUGUAUGGAAGUGUGGUAGGAAUGCAAUUGCAACACGGGCGAGGCUGUUUGAACGCAAGUGUGCUCUUUGCCCUCUGUGGCCGCUGUGUGAUGAGAAUGCUGAAACCGUUAUGCACUGCUUGUUCUAUUGCCCCAAGGCAUGUGAGACUUGGUCUCGGCUUGGCCUGGUAGAUUUUUUCCCUGCUGCGGACUCCAGUUUUGCUGAUUGGUUCUUCAAUCUCAGGGAUAGAUCAUCAACGGACCAGAUUUGCAAGAUUGUGUGUACGAUGUGGAAUGUCUGGAUUGCUCGUAAUGGAAUGGUAUUUGAAGGAAAGGUGUUCUCCCCACCUACUGUGGCAAUUCUUGCUGAUCGUGAUUCUCAAAGGGUUAAGGAAGCGUGGACUUCGGGCACGACUUCCCCUUCUUCCGGAUCAGUCGGUUUGCCUUCUCAGUCUGGGAGUUCUCGAUCGACGACCUUAUCACCGCCUGGUCCUUAUAGUAAGGUUGUGCAUUGUGAUGGUUCCUUUGUCUCUGAUGCACAGGUGGCGGCUUAUGAGAUUGCUAUUGCUAAUUCCCACGGUCAGGUUAUCGACGGGAAAGCUGAGAGAUUCUUUUGUUCUUCUCCGAUUCAAGCGGAAGCUGUUGCAAUUCUUAAUGCAGUUAUUUUGGCAGCCCUGGAUCCAGUUCCAACGUGUGUCCGAUCUGAUUGCCAGAGGUUGACGAUUGCGUUGACUCAGGAUCCGAGCCUUUGGCCAUGGCAAUGCCGGGCAACUCUUGCCCGGAUUGUUUCCAUUCUCUGUGUCUCUCCUUGGAUCGUGGUUGAGUUUGUUCCCCGUCGAUUUAAUGCCUUUGCGGAUUGGAUUGCGAGAAACGCUCGGCUUGAUCUCCUUCCUCCUGAAUGGAUUGUCAUUGCUGAUCUUGUCGCUCCAUUAUUGUAAUUGUAUUGCUUCCCACUUGUGUGGGUUUGGAAUGAAAUGAUGAUUGUUGUUGUAAAAAAAAAAAAGUCUCAAUUGUGAUCGACCUUUUGAAACGAAAAAGUUUCCAAAAUGAAAUAUUCUAUUGGUUAGAAUUAGUGUUACCACCUUACUAAUAAAUUGGACUUUAACCCCCUAACCAAUUACCAUGACAUCUCAGUCGCACCGCAUGUCUCGAUCAUUCAAAGCUGAAACGCUUUUAACAACUUCACAUCAUCUCAGAUAUGUAUAUAUAUGUUAACUUUAUUAUUUCUUAAUGGUAGCUGGUAGGUGCGAGUUAUGCUCACACUUCCCUCUCACUUUGGUUUAUUCAAUCUCUUGAUAAAAUAAUAGACAUAUGAUUCAUAAGAUCCUCGCGCCCCAUUUCCAGAACUGCCCAAUGCGCUUCGAACCUCUUCUCUCUUCAUAUCGACCAAUCCUUCCCUCCGGCAGCAGGUUUGGUCGUCAUCUUCUUCAUCUUCAGGCUUUUCUUUCUUUGCUUUUUCCAUUAUUACAAAAUUUUCUUAUAUACAUGUUAAUAAUGUAUCAGGUCAGCAUUGAUGAAAUGAAAAAAGAGAAGAUCACGAACUUGUUUGAAAAGUUUGAGCAGCUUUCAAUUUAUCAUGUGGCCGGAGCAGAUGCAACCAGAAAAGGGAGACUUCAUGAUGCUACAGACCCUAUUUUCCAUGGCUGAAUUGGUUGGCUGAAACUGGAAACUUCGCUAACCAGAGAAUACAAAUUAAACGCCGGUUAUAGUUAUCUUUCUUAUCUACAUGCUAUUUCUGAAGCCUUCCAAGGAGAAUGUAAUUCGAUAUGGUUUUCGCCGUCCGAAUUUCUGUGGCCUUCUUGAUAAAUCUUAGUGUAUUAUUAUGAUGGGUAAAUUGUAAUAUUGGUCACCGGAAUUAUUAAAAUAUUUCAUGCUUGUUAUUAAAAUUAUUUUAUUUCAAAAAAAAAAAAAAAUUCCACUAAAAUUAGGUAUGUAGUCCCAGUUUGGUCACUGGGUUUUAGUCUCCGUUAACGAAAUCUAUUUAUUGCUAAAGCGGCUAACAAAAUCACCUAAUUAGGAUAAUAUAACCCAAAAAUGAAAAUUCGACGUGCCACGUCAUUAAAAUAAUAUACAGCUCAACGAAUUCACGUGAGUAAAACUUGACCCAAAAAAGUAAAAAUCUAUUUCCCAAAUGUAACUAUUAAAAAAGUAUAAAAAAUUAAAAAGUAAUAAAAUAAUAACUUUAAAAUUUUUUUAAUUCAUCCCCCACACCAACCAAUUGUGCGACCCUCUUUUCUCCUCAACCCUUGGCAAUUCUUCUUUUUCGUCGCCGUCUCAUCUCCAAAUCCCUGGUCGGGUAAUCCAGGACCCAGGCCGAGUAAUCUGCCUAGUUCCGCUAACUCUUGUCCGUUGUCUCCAGCUUAUCAGGAAAUCCGCUUCUAGGCCUCGUUUCACGUUUUAGGACCUGAAAUACCACACAUAGACACAACCUAGUGUAAAAUCGUCUUAAUUGGAAAUAAUAUGAUCUCAAAUGCCUACGAAAUGAGGUACUAAAUAUGUAUAAAUCCAACGUUAUCACCCUUGUUAAACUCAACCGCCACCUCACGCAUCUUCAUUACAUUAGUUUCGCUUUUUCCAUCUUCAGUAAGCAAUCUUGUGAUACUUUGCUGAUGAUUCCUAUCCUAGGUCUCAUUGAAGCAUGAAAGUACAUUGUAUUUGCAUCUCCUUCCUUAACCUAUUGAACCCUUGAUUUUGUAUGCUGCAAUUGCUUACAUAAUCCUUCUAAUUCAAUUCAAGCUCUUGCUGAAUCAAUUCUUCUCUUGGAUCCACUAAUACUGCCAAUUGAAAUUCCUCUAAAUUACGCUAUGCUUCUCUGGUUCUUUCUGAAUUUUUGAAUAGCGUGAACGAUUCAGAACUUUCAACCUAAUUUUGAGCUCUCUUAGCUUCCCAUAGAGUAACUGAUAAGUCUCCCCUGACACUUCCUCUGAAAUCAUGGCUAAUAGUAAUGAAUGGAAAAGACAGAC